GCCCCCUGGCAGGCGCCGGGACGCCGCCAGUGCCCGCGCCGCCGCCGAGCAGCAACGCCUGGGACCCCGGGCGCCCCGUCUGCAGGGAGCAACCAUGUCACCAUUUCUUCGCAUUGGUUUGUCCAACUUCGACUGUGGGUCCUGCCAGCCAUGUCAGGGAGAGGCUGUUAACCCUUACUGCGCUGUGCUGGUCAAAGAAUAUGUUGAAUCAGAGAAUGGGCAGAUGUAUAUCCAGAAAAAGCCAACUAUGUACCCACCCUGGGACAGCACUUUCGAUGCCCACAUCAACAAGGGAAGAGUCAUGCAGAUCAUUGUGAAGGGCAAGAACGUGGACCUAAUUUCCGAAACUACUGUCGAGCUCUCCUCUCUGGCUGAGCGAUGCAGGAAGAACAACGGCAAGGCGGAGAUAUGGUUAGAGCUAAAACCUGAGGGCCGAAUGCUAAUGAAUGCAAGAUACUUUCUGGAAAUGAGUGACACAAAGGAUAUGAGUGAAUUCGAGUCUGAAGGCUUCUUUGCUUUGCAUCACCGCCGAGGAGCCAUCAAACAGGCCAAAGUCCACCACGUCAAGUGCCAUGAGUUUACCGCCACCUUUUUCCCACAACCCACAUUUUGCUCUGUCUGCCAUGAGUUUGUCUGGGGUCUGAACAAACAAGGCUACCAGUGUCGACAGUGUAAUGCAGCAAUCCACAAGAAGUGUAUCGAUAAAGUUAUAGCUAAGUGCACAGGAUCAGCUAUCAAUAGCAGAGAAACCAUGUUCCACAAGGAGAGAUUCAAAAUUGACAUGCCACAUAGAUUCAAAGUCUACAAUUACAAAAGCCCGACCUUCUGUGAGCACUGUGGGACCCUGCUGUGGGGCCUGGCGAGGCAAGGACUCAAGUGCGACGCAUGUGGUAUGAACGUACAUCACAGAUGCCAGACAAAGGUGGCCAACCUUUGUGGCAUAAAUCAGAAGCUGAUGGCCGAAGCACUGGCAAUGAUUGAGAGCACUCAACAGGCUCGCUGCUUAAGAGAUAGUGAACACAUCUUCAGAGAAGGUCCCGUUGAAAUUGGUCUCCCGUGCUCCAUAAAAGGUGAAGCAAGGCUGCCGUGUGUACCAGCAUCUGGGAAAAAAGAGCCUCAGGGAAUCUCUUGGGAGUCUCCUUUGGAUGGGAUGGAGAACAUACGCCAUCGUCCAGAACCUGAACCGAACAUAGAAAGACCAUCUCUACAUAUGAAGCUAAAAAUUGAGGAUUUUAUCUUGCACAAAAUGUUGGGGAAAGGAAGUUUUGGCAAGGUCUUCCUAGCAGAGUUCAAGAAGACCAAUCAAUUUUUUGCAAUAAAAGCCUUAAAGAAAGAUGUGGUUUUGAUGGACGAUGAUGUUGAGUGCACAAUGGUAGAGAAGAGAGUUCUCUCCUUGGCCUGGGAGCAUCCGUUCCUAACGCACAUGUUCUGUACAUUCCAGACCAAGGAAAACCUCUUUUUUGUGAUGGAGUAUCUCAAUGGAGGAGACUUAAUGUACCACAUCCAAAGUUGCCACAAGUUUGAUCUUUCCAGAGCCACGUUCUAUGCUGCUGAAAUCAUUCUGGGUCUGCAGUUCCUUCAUUCCAAAGGAAUUGUGUACAGAGAUCUGAAGCUUGAUAAUAUCCUGUUAGACAAAGAUGGACACAUCAAAAUAGCAGACUUUGGAAUGUGCAAGGAGAACAUGUUAGGAGAUGCCAAGACAAACACUUUCUGCGGGACCCCGGACUACAUUGCCCCGGAGAUCUUGCUGGGCCAGAAAUACAACCAUUCUGUUGACUGGUGGUCCUUCGGUGUUCUCCUCUAUGAGAUGCUGAUUGGGCAGUCACCUUUCCACGGGCAAGAUGAAGAGGAGCUUUUCCACUCCAUCCGCAUGGACAAUCCCUUUUACCCCCGAUGGCUUGAGAAAGAGGCGAAGGAUCUUUUGGUGAAGUCUUCACAGCACAUAGAUGCAGGUAGUGUACUGAACAACUGCGCAGAAGAGGCCGUGCUGCAUCAUGAAUUGCAACUGGGACACCGCUGUUCACUCUUCGUGAGGGAACCUGAAAAGAGACUAGGAGUGAGGGGAGACAUCCGCCAGCAUCCUUUGUUCCGGGAGAUCAACUGGGAAGAGCUUGAAAGGAAGGAGAUUGACCCACCGUUCCGGCCUAAAGUGAAAUCACCGUAUGACUGCAGCAAUUUCGACAAAGAGUUCUUAAAUGAGAAGCCCCGGCUAUCAUUUGCUGACAGAACCCUCAUCAACAGUAUGGACCAGAAUAUGUUCAGAAACUUUUCCUUCAUCAACCCAGGGAUGGAGAGGUUGAUAUCCUGAACCACUUCCCCUGACACAUGAGGGACUUUGCCUUCUCUCUGCGAACUGGUUCAAGUGACACUCCUUGGAUUCCUUUUCACCUUGGAAAAGAAAAGAAACACUCAAUAACACCGGCUGAGACCUUCGAGCUCCCCACUGACUCUGUAUCUGCAGCAGAACCCAGCUCCACUCAUUACAACGCCCUUCGGUGUCUCCCCCGUCAUCUCCUGCGGCCACCCCUGAUGUUAGGUCAUCACUAACCAUAGUUAUUUACUGGAACGAGGGUUCUCCUCCGCACUGUGAAAGAUCUGAAAACUUAACACUGCCCUAAACUGUGGCUCUUCGCGUGGGCACCAACGGCUGAUCGGUGAAAUACUUGAUGACGGAAGGGGGCACAGUGAGCACGGGCUUCUGGAGACCGAAACAGCGCGUCGCCUGGUGGGAAAGCGGGCUUCAUUCAGCCACAGACAAGUAGCCAGUGACCCGUUUUAUUCUGUUCACGUCUGGGGAAGUGUAAAUGGCGAUGGGGGAAGCCCUGGGUAGGUUUUUAUGGGAAUUCUUCACAAUAAACAUAGCUUGUAACUU